AUGCAUCAGCUAUUUGGAAAGAUCAUUGCUGAACAGCUCAUGGAACACCUGGAAAACCACAAUCUUGUUUCCAUCAGACAGUUUGGCUUUCGCUCCUCCCGAUCGACUGCUGACCUCCUUCGAGUGCCAAGUAAAAACUGGCAGGAUGCUCUGGACGCCAGUCAAGACACUCUGGUCAUCGCCACGACAUCGCCGGCGCCUUCGACCGAGUGUGGCACCGAGGGCUCCUCGCUAAACUACAAGCAAGAGGCACUGCAAGUAGGCAUCGGCGGCCAGUCAGCCCACAAGUACCCGAUACAGGCGUCGGUACCACAGGGUACAGUGACGAUAUGCUUAGGGACCAUCCCCAAAGCUCAGCGUAGACUGAUGACUGGACCCUUACUAUUUCAUACCUGCGUAAGGAUCAUGACACUCUAG